AGCUUGGUCACGUGAUUCUCCCGGACAACGCAGGUGUUAUGGUUCAAGACAAACCUCAUUGAUUGCUCUGAAUAUUUUAUGGAUAAGGGUGAUUUUAUGUUCAAGAUGGAUACCAUUUAGGUGACAGAAUCUAAGUGCCUAUAUUUCAGUUUCGUAACCUUGUUUCAUCACCAGGACACAAAACGGCAAGAUGAGCCACGUAGAUGCAAGUCAACUCUCGGCUUACAACAGCCUAAGUGACAAGCACCUGGCUGGCUACUUCGCCAACACCAAGAUGCGCGGACAUCUGCGGAAAUCGGGGCUGAUCACCCGACGCGGGCAGAUUGUUACGGAGACGAGCUACCGCUUAAACAUAGCACGCAAAGAACACAAGAAGCAUGUGAAGGAUCUUCUGGCUCAGGCCAUUGUCCACAAGACCCUGGACCUGGAGCGACAUCGCCAAGUGGCUAUCAGACAGAAACUGGAGGAGAUAGCCAAGAUUGAGCUGGUGCAGAGAGUCAGGGGUGAAAGGAAUUGCCAUGCAGUAGACGAAGCUCUCCUGCCCCUGAUCACAGGGAGUCCGCGGGAGAAGGAUGCCCCCUAUAAGCGCCAUACCCGAUCUCGAUCUGAGGGUAAAAGGGACAGGAGUGAUUCUCCUCGUUCCCAAGGCCAUCGAACCCCCACCCCCCGUUCUGGGGGGUAUGCUGAGAACGAACUGCUUAUUGAAGAGCGGGUCAUCUAUGUUGAUGACGAUGGCAACACGAUCGACAUGUCGGACUGUGAGCAGCCCCUUGUAAGAUCUGGACGUAGCAGAACUCCACGCAGCAGGGAGGAGAUUGAUGCCAGACACCUCUACUCUCUGAACCCACUUGCCCUGCGGCGUUAUGCGACUGCUCUGGCGAAGAUGGAGCAGACAAACACCUUGGCCUCCCCAUAUCUGAUUCCACAGAUACCCAUCCCCCCCUCCUCCCCCCGCACUGGCCCUGCCCGACAUCGCAGCGCUGGAAACAGGGGGCGCUCUACCAGCAGCGAUAAGUCACCCAAACGGAGUCCUGGGGUUGACCUGCACCGGAGAGAGCCGGCAAUGAGACACCAGGGGGACAUCCACUCGAACUGUGAGGUGACCAUGAAGUUCCAUGGCUGGGCUCUCAAACUUGCUCGAGAGAGAACCGACAACCGGCACGAUGUCAGCGUGGAGCAGCAACAUUGUGGGGGCAACACCCUGACUGUGUUCAAGGGCCUCAUUGAGCCUGGAAGCAAGUUCAGCUUCACAUCAAAGCGUCACCGGGGCUACCCAUUCAGUCUGACGUUGUACGUAGAUGGCCGGCAAGAUGCAAGGGUCAGCACGUGUUGUGAGUUCGGCCACUCCAAGAAAGUCCGACUCGGGGCCAAGCAAGGUCACUUCAGCUUUGUUGUCAUCAAAGGCAUGAAUCCCUGCUACAAGUGCCAGGUUCAGAAGGGGAUGGUUGGCGGCAAGGCCCCUCCCAAGAAGAUGCAGCAGCCCUCAAGCAACCCAGGGGAGGAGGUGAUUGUUGUGCAAGUCUCUGAACCAUCCCCCAAGGAGACGGAGAAAGCAAAACAAUCAGAUGAGGAAGAGUCUGCCCACGACCAAAUCUUGGUUCCCGUGGAGGUAGAUGGCGCUGACGCACGGGACAAUAACGAGGAUGCUUAUGAGUCUGACUUUGAGGAUGAAGAUGACAGCCCCUCCGGGAGGAGCCAGCAGCCCGAUGAAGUGCUCUUCCACAAGGACUGGGACAACAAAGGGAACAAACAGGACGUAACCGAGGAGCCAAUUGCUGAGGAACCAGAUGAGGACAAACGUCAGAUAAGAGGACUUGCCGCUGACUUUGCGGACGAUGAGAAAGAAGAUGAAAAGAAUGCAUUUGUUUCAGCUGAAAAAUCUGCUAAUCCUGAUGUGGUGGGGGAUUUUGAAGACGACACUAUGAGAAAGGUGGAGGGAUACUCAUCAGAGGAGGAAGAUUUAGAUGGCAAGAAAGACAAAACCAUUGUGGUUGAGAAGAAAUCAGAUGCCCCAAGGGAAGCCUCUAAGAAUGAUAAUGAAAGGUCCAGUAAAGCAAGGACGUUAUUCUUUACAGUGUCUCAGAAAGAGGACACUGCUAAACCUGAGGUAGUCCAGGUUAAGGAUGCUGCUGCAAGCAACAGAUCCUCUCCUCCAGUGACACAGCUGAAACCUCCAGGAAGGGAUGAGGACCGAGAUGGUGAUUACUCAUCAUCAGAAUCUUCUUUCUCCUCCUCCUCCUCAUCCUCCUCAACGCCGUCAGAGAAAAGUACCCCCAGAGAAGUGACUGAGAGUAGAUUAGUUACUCCAACCAAAGCUUUGGGGGUUGUUUCUGAGGCAGAUCGAGCACCAUCUCGUAUUGCAGAGGCUAACAUGAUGAGUGAUGGAUCAUACUCUUACAAGAGUUCUACUUCCUCGUCCUCAGCUUCUGAUACUGAGAGUAGGCCAACUAGUUUGCCAGAACGACCCAAGUCUCCCGUAGCAGAGACACUGAUUCAGGAGGAGAAAGAGGAGAGGAAGGAAGAGGAGAUGAAAGAAGAAAACAAUAAAUUAUCACUAAGCAAGAAGGGGGAAGAAGAACCGAGGAAGGAGACACUAGAAGAGGAAUCCUUGGUCUCGAAACAGAUAACUCUCCCUCCCAUGAUGGACUCUGCUAGGUCUGAACCAGAAUCCACAGCUACUCGAGGGGGAGAGUCUGAGAGUGUCAGAGAGUCCAGCAGUUCCUCAGAGGACUCCAGUUCUUACUCAUCAUCUGAUUCUGAAACUGAUGACUCAAAAUCAAGCCCUGUCAAAGAAAGAACUCCAGUGCAGAAAACUAAGCCCGAAGCCAUUUCCAAUCAAGUAGAGGAUUCAGAAAGUUCCAGUUCUAUUUCUGGCUCUGGCUCAGGAUCUGAAAGUGAAAGAUCAGCCCGGCCAAUCACACCAUUCCCAUCAAGGAAAGAGAAAGUCAGGAGUCAAACCUUAAGUGAUGAGGAAUCAGAUAAAUCUAGUCAAGAUAAAUACCCGAGUAAACCAGUGACAAGCCCCGUCCCUGUAGAAGGUGCUGCAGCACUAGCUGACUCUGCCAAUGACAAGGACGUACAGCAGAACGCAGACAAGGGCAAUACUGUAGUGAGUGAGAGACAGGCGGUCCUGUCCAGCACUAUCGUGGCGGCGGCGGCAAUAAUGGCGCCAGCUGUCCCUCCUGACAUGGACAGGGAAAGUCUCAUGGCUGCUGCUGAUAGAAGUGAGAGGAAGGACUCUGCUGAUGGUGAUGGGAAGAAAUCUGCAGAAUCCGGGUCGUCCAGUGUGGACUCCAGCAGUGACAGCAGCAACUCCUCCGGCUCAUCCUCGGAGUUGGAGUCGGAGAGUGAGGGGGAGCUUAUUGUGCAGGAAGAAACCCCCCGGGGAAGUAAGGACCCCACCCUCCAGGCAGAUGACACUGCUUCUAAGGAGGAUGCCGCUCCCAAAACUGCAGAUGGUGCCACUCCGACUGUGGUGUCGACUGAUGCAAGUGUUGGUGAUGAAGCCAAACCUGAAGAUUCGGACACAAAUGAACCACAGCAGACAAAGCUUCCUGCUCCACAUGCCACACCGCAACCAGAGCAGACGACAUUUCCGUCGCCACCCAGAUCGCCUUCAAAAUCUCUGCUAGACAAACAGACAGAGCAAGUGCCCCCUCCGGUCCCGACUGUUGUGGUCAUCCCAACCACGCCUGAUCUAAGAGAGGCCCAGGGCAGUGGGGAGUGGCAGGAUCGGGUUGCGACACCCGUACAGGGCCCCCGACAGCCUGGUGGACUGCCAGCUGAGUUUGAGUAUCAGCCAAAACAUUCAGCAGAAUCUGAUGACAAGACUGUGUCAGGUGAAAAUGGUCAAACCAGACCGACCAGUGAGAGUGAGACUGAGACUGAGAACAUGCAUGGAGGUAACGACCCUGACAGAGUAGCCGAUGACGACAGCGCCAAGUGGCAGUCUAUACUGGAGUUUGUGCAGCCGCCGCCACAGACGAUGCACUCAGGAAGUCUCACCCCGCUGCUGGAAGACCAGAAUGCCAUCGACAUACACAACAUCAACCUCACUAAACCACAGAUUGUGGAGAUAAUGCAGACAAUUGAGAUCAAGGACAACCUCCAAGCUGUCACCAUCUCCAACUGCAGCCUCGGGGUGGACGACAUGAACAAGCUGCUCCAGUCCCUGGCCAAGUCCCCCUCCAACCCCAGGAUCUUGAACCUCAACAAUAACAUCCUCGGUCCCCGCAGCGUGGUGCCACUCGUUGAGAUGCUCAAGAUCAAACCCUCCAUUGACAUGCUGCUGUUACAAGGCAACCCCAUAGGCAAUGAGGGUCUGCAGACUCUUGUGGAUGGGCUGUUGGACAUAGAGUUCGAGGCCCAGGAGUACAAGAAGAGAGAGUCGGAGCGGAUGGGGGGAGUACCAAUCUUGUCCAUCAAAGGCCGCUUCUGUCAGCUGCAGGAACUGGACCUCAGUGAGGCCAGCAUCACCGACGACGGCAUGGUGGACGUGGCACUGCUUCUUGAGAGUAACCUUGACCUUCACACUUUGAGUCUCAGCAGCUGUCCGGACAUCACCAAGCCAGGAUGGUCCAAAUUGGCAACAGCCUUAGCAAAGAACAAGAACCUGAAGACCUUGACGAUACAGAACAACAAAGUCGGUGAUGAGGGUGUUCAGAUACUUGUUGAAGGGCUGAAGAGCAACACGUCACUGUCGACCCUGGAGGUGGCCAAUGCAGGAAUCGGGGAGGCAGGAGGUCGUGCCCUUAUUGACCUCCUAAAGCGCAACACCACUGUCAAGUAUUUGACCCUGUUGCCAGGCAACGACAUUCCUCAGAAGACACAAGACGAGAUUAAUAGAUACCUGGCUUUGAAUCAAUCCAGUCCAUCAUCAUUACACUGAUAUGCUUCAAGCGUGAUAUUAGGUCAUUCAGGUGCUGGGGCCAAAACAAGAAUUAGCUGUCACCUACAUCAGCCCAUCCAAAAAUAGGAUCACAUUAUAUACGGACACAGGAUGAUAAUAAAUACUAUGGUGCAACUUGAGAAAAACAGGGGGUCCAGAUUAGGGUCCAUCAGGUAACCUGAAGCUCACUUAUGUUUUCUUGGCCUGAUGGAAUAGCAACAAAUGAAUAUAGGUGAUCGAUAUUUGUUGACUACCCAUGUACCUAAUUGUUAAUUGUCUGUUAUUGUCUCCUUCAAAUGUGCUUGUCUUCGGCUUCUACACAGGAUUGAGUAAGUAGCCUUCUACAGUGCUCGUGGAACUGGUUUCAACUUGACUAAUUUAAAGGGGGGUUAGCUUCAAGUAAAUUGUUCUGUCCUAGCACAUUUGAUUCAAGUUUGAACACCACAUUGUCUUCUGACUCAGACUUUAUCUGUAUAUCAGCAUAGACAGUUACUGAUUGCCCUAAUGAUCUAGAGAUAAUGUCUCAGUUUCACACGAACAACAAUGUCCCGACCUGUUCUGAACAUGGGCAAUGGCCCUCAGUACCCCUAUAAUGCUAACACAUGUUUUCCUAUUGAUUUUUGUAUCAUGUCUCAAAGUGCCCUUGGGCUCAUUUGUAAGCUUCUGAGUAUGCUUGACCAAAAAGCUUCCUGCAUGUAGUGCUUGCAUCUGCCAUAUGGACUGAUCAAUUUUGAAGCAUUUUAGAACAUUUUGAAACAUUUUGAAGUGUCUUUAUUGCACUUCUCAUGAUAUCCAGAAGUGUUUUAGAUGUGAAAGACAGGAUAUCAGUAUAUCCUACACACGCUGUACAGGGUGAAACGUGCCCCACACUGAGUCAUGGCUUCAUGAUUAGAUGAUUGUAAAGCUUUAACCUUAUUCAAAUCAUUUCAUUAUAUAUUAAGCUGUAUUUUUUAUAGUAUGAAAUAUGAUCAAUGUAAUAUUUAUUGGUAUGCCUCUUUAUUAGCACACUAUUAAAUUCCUGUCUCAUUUCCAAAUCUACUUUCCUAUUCUGUGGCUUAGUCAAAAUGUAGACAAAGUCUUUGUAUUUAAUUGAAUUAAAAGUAGACAUUGUCUAUGAAUUUAUUUUACUUAAAAUGUAUAUAUGUAUAUAUCUAUUUGAAUAGGAGCAACAAGUAAAUAUGCUUUCAUUAGAAUAUGAAAGUGCUUUUCAGAUUUCAACUUUUAUUUAAGGAUCAGAAGCGAUAUGAUAUAUCAGAUUUUAGAUAUUUUAUGAUUUAUGAUUGUAGAUGUUUAUCAUCAUAGUUGCUGUAUUAAGCACUCCGCUCCAAUAGGACCAGUUAUCCCUGGUGUGUUGACAACUAUCCCUUUUGAUCAACCCUAGUGUGUUGACAACUAUCCCUUUUGAUCAACCCUAGUGUGUUGACAACUAUCCCUUUUGGUCAACCCUAGUGUGUUGACAACUAUCCCUUUUGAUCAACCCUGGCGUGUUGAAAACUAUACCUUUUGAUCAACCCUAGUGUGUUGACAACUAUCCCUUUUGAUCAACCCUAGUGUGUUGACGACUAUCCCUUUUGAUCAUCCCUGGUGCAGAAAUAUAUGUUUUAACGUUUAAAGAGGAAAUCUUGUGGUUAUCUGUUUUCAGAUAUGCUAUUUAAAUUAUUUUUAUCUAUAUUUCAACAUUUAAUAUUAGUCUGGUCAUUCAUUUCGAAGGCUAGUGUUAUAUACAUGGUGUUCAACAGAACUUGCAGGAUAUGUAUCUCAUUAUUAUUUAUUAUCUAUGUAUCUCAAAUUGAUUCAACUUUGGUCAAAGUCCUAUGAGUAACUUUGUUAUGUGCCGUUGCUUGAGGGUGUAUGAUGGCGUCAGUGGGAGCAGUACACAGAUGAAUAUGUAUCUGUCGUGUUUUAUCUCUUACAGAGUGAAUGGAUGGUAUCUUUCUUUAAUGUGUACUUGUUAAUUGUUUACAAGUGUCUUUUACUGUGUAUAUUUUGAUGUUACCAGGCAACGAUGUAAACGAAACAGGAGAAAGUUGAUGUGAUAUAGAUUACCAGGUAUUCAAGAAUUCUACAUUGGGCUCACUGCCCAGAAUGGUAUUUAACCAAGAGUACAGAGCUGAUUGUGUGUCACAGUAUUUGGGGACAUUAUAAAUGUAUUUGUUAGGCCAUUUGUGUUGUAUUUGUUGGAUCACAAUUUUUUUUACCCCUUUUUCAUAAAAAAAAUAUUUUUUCAUCUUCCAGAUUUGCAUAUAUUUCGCUUACAAAAAUGUUUGCCUGUUAUUCAUUGUAAUUAAUAUGCUGGUUGGAUGCUAAAGUUAACAUUUACAUUGUGAUGGAGUAUGUAAUAAGUCUAGAGUUGUGUCCCUUGUCCUUGAUGCAGACUUUGCUCAAAUUAUCUCCCUUGGUCUUCCAAGACCAACCAAAAUCUAAUAAAGUUCGAAAAUCAAGGUACCUUGGUUGACACUGAUGACAUUUCAUAUUUUCUUUCAUUCCUCCGACUUUUGCCCUUUGCAGGAAAAUCUGAUCCAACAAAUGAAACAAUAAUGGCGGAAUCCAUUGUGAGAUGUUGGGUGUGUUUUUGAAGAACUUUUGCUCACAUCUGGUUGUCCUGUUAAAGACAUUUACUUACAGAGCUGACUGUGAUAAGACAUUGUUGUGUCGCAAUGUAUGCCAUCUUUACACAUAUUAUGCAGAACACGUACAUAGUACCGCAGCAUGGAGUGAUCUCACGGAGCAUUAGAACUUUGCUUCAUGCUGAUUGGCUAGUUCAAUUGUUCAUUGUCUUCAUUGUCUGUGAAGCAAUCCUAAAUAUGUAACAAAUAAUUGAAGAUGAUGUCAUCCUUUGUUCCUGACAUCACAGACAUUUUUAUCCUGUGAUGUAGUUCCGACAACAGACUGACUGAACUGCACAUAUAUCUGAUGGCACUGGUUUGACUGGUGUGGACAUUGGAUGGAAUAAUACACAUCUACAUCCUGCCAAAGUCACUCAUAGAAAAGUGUAAACAUGACAUUUUUUUAAAUAGAAUUAACUUAUUAUUGUUGUGACACACUAUUACCCUUUUGGUAGUGUAGUGUCAGAUUUCAAGAAUUAAUGUUGAUUCUCGAGAAUUACUAAUGCUGGUUUUACUGGACGGGUAGACUUUAGCUAAACCAGUUAUAUUUUAUUCCUUGAUCUUUUUUUCAAUUCUGUGAACUUUUUUGUGAUAGGUUGACAUUAUUUCGUGUCGACAGUGACAAUAUUUUGUAUGAUAAUAUCUAAAUAUCUCAUCUUGUAGGACUGUUGUGUGUAGACUAGUAUUAACUUGUUUGUAACUUAAGUUUGGUAGGUAUUGAUAUGGCGCUGUAUAUAUAUAUUACUGUUAUUGCCCAAACCUCUUUGUCAACCUAGAAUCUGGUGCCUUGUAGUUUUAGAGAUUGCUCAUUGGUCAAGGGAAAACUGCUCUUUCUGUGAUAAACCUUAUUGUUACUUUAGGUGAAGACAACAUGGAGAAUAAACGUAUUGUCAACAAA